GUUUUUUUUUACUUUUCAGAUCCUUCACUGUGUCAAACAAUGGGUGACUGUAAAGUUACCCCAGAAUCCCAUACUUACUCGUCACACGUCAAUAAACUCACUGAACUGGAUAAGGGAAUUGAUUCUAAGUCAUUCUAUGAUGGGGCUUUACAUAACUCAUGGAUGGACUUGCAUCCCCACCUUGUCGUUAAUUUUGGUGCCACUAAGAAACCUAUUGUAGGACUAGCAUUGAAGGGACCACCAACUGCCCACAAGAAGUAUGGAUUCCCAUCUUUCCAAGUUUAUCAAUAUGUUGAUAAUGGUGACUUUUAUGAUGCUAUCAGAGAAAAUUAUGGAAGUGAUAGAAUCGUUAAGACAUUUACUGGGCUGACAGCUGAAGACAUUGAGAAUGGUCAAGUCAAAAAGCAUAAGUUUCCAUAUCCAGUUGAAGUUAAGAAAUUGAAGAUUUACGUUAAACUAAGACUUGGGCAGAAACGUAUUUGCACGAAAAUUGAGUUCUAUCAUGCACCAGAGAAUUGUGGUCAACCACUUAUGGAAGAAAAUAAAUGUGACAAUGCAAGUUGCAAACACAUGUGUGUAAAAAAAAAUCAUAUAAUCCAUUGCACAUGUCCAAGGAACAAAGUACUAUGGCUUGAUGGAUUACAUUGUGUAGCUACAGAUCCUGAUGUGCAGAUCACUUCGAAGCCAAGAAAUAUGGCACCUAGAGCACAACAGAUUUGUUCAAGUGUUGAUUCAAAGUUAGCUACUAUUUUUAAUCUAGCGGAAUAUAAUGAAAUGAAGAAAGUGACGGAGAAGAAUCGUGAAGAUCAUUUUAUAGGUGUUGUGGAUGUGGACCAAGAUCAAAGCUACAGUCGAUGGAUAGAUGGAACAGAUGUCGUAUUUGACAAAUUUGAGGAAACUCGUCGUUAUCCAGGUUCUAUUGGCCUUAUGUCUGGAAAUCGGUGGACAUUUAAGAACUCCAGUGAUGGCUCGAAAUUUUUAUGUCGUUCUGGAACUGUACAUGGUUACUUGUUUACAAGCUUUUUUGGUAUAGAUGACUACCAAAUCACUUCAACAAUCUCUCUGGUGAAAACAUCACUAGCAUCAGUCUAUGCCUUUGGUCCUGGAAGGAGUCGUCGUGGCUCUAAGGCGUAUCUAACAAGUGACUCGGGGGAGUCUUAUGGAUUGUUCUGGAGACCAACAGAUCCUACCAUGAAGAAUAAGUUCUUGCGGGUAAAGCUAUUGCAUCUCUUUAGGGUAACUGGUAUCUUUGUAAAAGGCUACAUGUGUGAAAACCCAACAAUAACCUACACAUUCAGGAAUCGGGAGAAUGAUAAGGAGAGUUAUAUGUUCUCUGUUCCGGCACACAGUGAAACACUUCAGCUUGUUAUGCCACUCACUAGAAGCAAACAUUAUGAAUUGAAGUUUGAUAAGUCUGCUGAUUGUGAAGGUUACCACUGGGACCUGGUUGGAGAAAUGACAGUGAGACAUCUAAGUGCUUGUUCUUGUCCCGGUCAUUGUAUCAAAUAUGCAGAUGGCAAAUACUGCUGGUGUAAAAGAAAUCACCAUUUAUUUUUUGGUGGAAGGCAUUGUGUCAAAGAUUCUCAACCUCAGUGGAAGGGUCCUAAGCUAUUGGCUCUUGAAUACCAUACAUUUAGAAAUAUGAUACCAGCAGCCGACUAUUGGUUACCUACAUAUUAUACAUUUUCUGAUGAGAAAAUGGAUUUCAGUAGAGCAGCUGAGACUUGCAAACAGUAUGGGGGAUAUCUGCCAUGCAUUCAUUUGAUUUUAGAGCAUAGAUUGAUGUACUCAGAUCUUAUGAGCCAUCCUACCUGCACUAAAUGGUUUCUAGGUCUAAACGGGACGUCUCUGAUGCACAGUGCCUGGCAUGAUGGCUCCUGGGUUGAACUGCAGUAG